CAGCCCGGUGGCUCCUCCUCGGCUACCAAUCAGGAGCUGGAGCGCAGCGGGGCGCGGCUCUGACUGGAGAAGGUGUGAGCGCACUGAUUUCUGGGUAGAUCAACCAUGUCGCCGCAUCUGAAACAAGCAAAGGAGAUCCAGUAGGAUAAGACUGUAGAUUUUUUUUUUUUUCUGGGAUAGGGUUCAUUAUAAACCUGAAGGAUUUAAACUUGGGUGACUUCUCUCUGACUGCUGUGACAAAAUGAUGCGCUUCUUGUUGCUGUUCAGCCGACAGGGGAAGCUGCGACUGCAGAAAUGGUUCACACCGAUAACAGACCGGGAGAAGAAGAAGGUGAUCCGGGACAUGAUGACAUUAGUGUUGGCCCGUCAACCACGUACCUGCAACUUCCUCCAAUGGAGAGACCUCAAGAUCGUUUACAAGAGGUAUGCCAGUUUGUAUUUCUGCACUGGUCUGGACAACCAGGAUAAUGAGCUCCUGACACUCGAGGUGCUACACAGAUAUGUCGAGUUGCUGGAUAAAUACUUUGGCAAUGUGUGUGAGUUGGACAUCAUUUUCAACUUUGAGAAGGCUUACUUCAUCCUGGACGAAUUCCUGAUGGGAGGAGAGGUUCUAGAAACGUCCAAAAUAUCCGUGGGUGUAUCUAUGGAGGAGGCUGACACACUCCAAGAGACAAUGGAGGAGUACAUGAGCAAACCUGCCUACUGAGCCAAGGGAAGAUGAGAUUGGUAGACAUUUCAAGACUUGAAGCAAAAGGUUUAUUACUCUACAACAUUUUUUAAAUUUUUUUAAAUUUUGUGACUCAUUUGGCAUAAUGCUGUGGUCAUAUUGUACAGUGACCACAAUCCUGAUCUCUUGUAAUCAUGUUUGAACCUGUAAGUGCCUUUUAAGCCACAAAUUUAUUAAUCUCAGGGUUUUAUGAUAGAAGAUAUGACUGACUAUCAUAAAACGACUAUGUUUCUGCAAUCUCAGUAGCAAGCUGUUGUGUUGAGUAAAUGAAGAAACACUACACAGUAGGGAAAAAAAUAAAGUCAAUGCUUUAUUAACCUCAGGUAUGUCACAUAUGACCACAUUUAAGAAAGAAUUACCAAAAAACACAAGUGAUUCUAGGCGAUCCAACACUGAUUUUGGUUGUGUGUGUGUGUGUGUGUGUGUGUGUGUGUGUGUGUGUGUGUGUGUGUGUCUUGAAAUGCAAGGCUGGUGAGUCACAUGUACUGGUUGUUCAGUGUUGUUAAACAACAAACUCAUAUAAAAAAAACAUAAAAUGAAUGUCUGAACACUCAUAUUUCUGCUAAUAAAUAAGAACUUUUGUAAAACUACAGAAUAA